ACAAUCUAGCUGGAGAUGCUAUUCAGCAGCUUCUUGACAUUUUUGCUUAUGUUCUGCCUGACAGCAACAAAGUAUGCAACAGUUUACAUGCAUAUAAAUCUUAUUUCAAUCGUUUAAAAAAUCCUCUUCAGUACCAUUACUACUGUCCAGUUUGCAAACAAUCAGUUGAAAAUAAAGAGGUAAAGCAAUGUGAAAAUCAAAAAUGCUUGACAGAUUUUUCUGAAAGAGAACUGCCUUAUUUUCUCCACGUCCCUGUGAUCAAUCAGAUAAGAUCAUUUUUCUCACAUGCUGGGUUUUAUGUAUCACUUCAAGGUCGUUUCACUAGACAGACUAUGGGUCAACUAAAAGAUGUUUAUGAUGGAUAUUUGUAUCAAAACAUGUGUAUGAACAAUGGUCCACUCAGUGAUCCGGAAAAUGUGUCGUUUCUUCUGAACACAGAUGGUGCCCCAGUUUUCAAAAGUAGUAAAUUUUCGAUUUGGCCUGUGUUCUUGUCAAUAAACGAGCUGGACUUCAAGUUAAGAAAUCUUCCACAAAACAUGAUUUUGUCAGGUCUUUGGUUUGGAGGAGAAAAACCAGAAAUGAACACAUUCCUUGAACCAUUACUUGAAGAGUUCAAGAGGUUUGGAAAAGGUGUUGAGUGCUUUUCACCUGAUAAGGGUAAAUUCAUUUGCAAGGGUUAUUUAUUAGGUGCAACUGCAGACCUUCCAGCUAGAGCUUUGCUAUGUAAUUCUGUGCAAUUUAAUGGAUCUUUUGGAUGUUGGAAAUGCCUUCAAGAAGGUAAAACAGCUGCAAGAGGUCAAGGUCACACACACACAUUUCCUUUUAAUGCUGAAAACCCAGCAGGGCCGAAAAGAACCACCGAGCAAGCUCUUCGAGAUGCAGACUUGUGUCAUCAUACUGGUAAAAGGGGAGAAAACGCCAUCAAUCGCGAAAUCAAAGGUCUCUUCCUAGGCUCGUCUUCUGUUCCUCAACCAUUUGAUUCUCUGUUGAAGGAUAGCUACUACGACUAUCACCUGCAUGUGUACCUACUUUGUGUACCAAGCGACUCUCCCUCUAACUUUGUGGUUCUCAACAGACUCCUUUCGAAAAGAAAACUUUUAGUACUUUCAUCACCACCUGUAUCUACAGUUAUAAUGGCCUGUCAUUCAGAUGGAUGUGAUAACUAUGGAAAGGUGUGUUUCUUCCUUUAUGAGAGUAUAUAUAAGGAGUUGUUAGCUUUUUUGUCAACACUGAAGCCAGCAGACAAUGAAUUUAAGGUCCAGCAUAUUGUACCAGUAAUGGCAACUAAAGAUAUGAAAU